GUUAAAAAUGAAGGCUGAAAUAGAAAUUUUCAUUUAUCAAUGGCGCUAUCAAUCUGACCCGAUCCGAUUCGGUUCGCAGGUUGCAUCUUGAGAUGUCGAAAGCCUCCUCCGUGGUUCAGUCCCAAAUGGUGGGAGGGACAGACACUGCCGAUUUUUCUCGCACUUUCAAGUACUUACUAGCUACACAGUUCUUGUCAAGGGGAAUUCCAUUUGUAUUCAAUUCAUGGAUCGUGAGGCAUCUUACAGAAGAGGACUACGCGCUUUAUGCAGUACAAUUCCAUCUAUUCACCACAUGUAUCUUGUUUCUCAGUCGGGAGGGAUUCCGGCGAGCAUGCAUGCGAGUAGACAUGUAAUGGUGCUCCCAAAUAGUAUUUUGACGGCUCUUCAGUGGAAGAAAACACGACGAAGCUGAUGAAAGUGUCUUGGGCGACUCUCCCCCUUGGAGUAGUUAUAACAGUAGUAGCAUGUUUUUUGGUCUUUUGGUGGCAAGAAUUAAGUUAUUCUAAUCCAUAUGCACAGGCUAUUUUGAUUAAUGGUUGUGCUUGUAUAUUAGAGCUAUUAGCAGAGCCAUUGUAUAUCCUUUCUCAGAACUUGCUUCUGCUUAAGUUGCGGUUGAUGGUUGAAACUGCAGCUACACUCUCGCGUUGCUUAACAAUGUAUAUCCUCGUUGUCAAUCAAACUGGCGUGGAGAAAGAGAUUGUAUUUGCAUUGUCACAAGCCGCAUAUGGAGCUUGCUUGUUCCUGGGCUAUUGGGGCUAUUUUCUUCUUUUUCAUGCAUUCAGUAGUUCUGCUCUUUUCCCUUUUAGAUCUGGAAAUUUGAAGGAUUAUGACAGGCAGCUGUCAAACAUGUGUUUUUUGUUUACCCUUCAAUCCUUUCGGAAGUUGAUCCUUCAAGAAGGAGAAAAGAUGGUCCUUGUGUGGUUGGAUACACCAUACAACCAAGCUGUAUAUGGACUUGUAGACAAACUAGGAAGCUUAGUAGUAAGGAUGGUCUUUCUUCCUUUUGAAGAAAGCUCAUAUGCUACCUUUGCAAAGUCCGCGUCAGGAAAAUAUCCAGAUAGAAGCAGGAAAUUGGGAAAUGGCCUCUCAGACGCCCUGAAGUUAGUUAUAUUAAUUGGACUUGUAUUUAUGGCAUUUGGCCCAAGUUACUCUUAUUCUCUCAUCAGAUUGUUGUACGGUCGGAAGUGGAGUGAUGGAGAAGCAUCAACAGCCCUCCGGUAUUAUUGCAUUUAUAUCAUUGUCUUGGCUAUGAAUGGAACUUCUGAAGCAUUUCUACAUGCAGUUGCAACUGAAAAUGAACUCAAACGUUCAAAUGAUUCGCUGCUUGUAUUCUCAUUUAUUUAUAUAGUACUGAAUGUUCUGCUGAUACGCUCGGCUGGUGCAAUUGGCUUAAUUUUGGCAAAUUCUUUUAAUAUGAUUUUGAGGAUUCUAUACUCUACAGUAUUCGUAAAGCAGUAUUUCCAGGAUUCUUCUUCAUUUUCAUUUUCCAGCUGCUUGCCUUCAGGAUGGACAGUUCUGUUGUUUUCAGCUAUCGCCGUGAGAAGCCUUUCAUCAACAAAAUUAUCCGUUUUCGUGAUCACUUGGACUGAAGAAUUGGCAUUUGCCCAACAAACGUGGAGGUGGGUUUCUGUUUACUCUCUCAUAUGUUUAUACAGGCGAGAUAAAUUGGACAUGCUUUUUGAUGCAGUGAUUUUACACAAGAAGAGGAUGAAGGAGUUAAAUUCAAUUUGCAGAACCACGUUUGUUAAUGAACACUUCUGGUUGAGUUUGCAACAAGAAGCAAACCACGCAUAACAGAUACCAGCAAGAGGGCAGUUUUUUCUCUUUUCGUGAGGCGGGCAAGUUUUGGAGGCAUGAUAAUACCCAACAGGCCACUGACAAAUUGACGUUAUAUAUAUGUCUCUAUAUAUAUAUAUAUAUAUAUAUCCUAUGAACCGGAUCGGACCGAUAUGGGUUACUGUUGAUCGGGUGGGUGAUCUUGAUGCGACCAACAUUCUGUAAUUUGAUGGUGAGCUCAAAAAAAAAAUAAGAACUCAUUUAUAUGUCUGUAUCACUUGCUUCUCAUAUCAUCGCAACUAUAUUUACUUAAUAUCUGUUUUUAUGAUGUAUUUGUUUUUAAAAAUAUACACAAUAAAUGAGGUAUUACAA